AUGUCUGACAUUGUUGGUCUGCUUCUAGAAGCAGAUAAUGAUAAAUCAGACAACUUUUCGGCUGCUCAGGCAGAAUUAGUCGAAAAAUGCGAAAAUGAGCCAAUAGAUAUCAUUAUUGAACUAUUAAAUCGACUCUGGGACGAGUCUAAUUCAGAAAGAUUGAUGUUCUUGAUGAUUACACUUAUCACAAACUCGUUUAAACGAACAAUUAUAAUUACAGUACCGAAAUAUGCAGUUUGUACUUCUACAGUUGAGCCAGAUCUUGCCCAAAACUUAUUUCAAGCUGCAUUGAGUUUCUUUUCACACUCAUACGAACCUCUUAGAGCUGCAGCUGCCAACCUCUUUAUGGUGGUUGCAUCAGCAGAAAUGCAAAUGUUUCCAGAAUUAUCGCUAAUAGAUCAACUAACGGAACGACUUGGAAGUGACAAUACAGCUGAGGUCCUUUCUGCUACAGAAUGCUUCACAGUUAUCCUCAGAAAGUUUGUUAUUGAAGAAACAGCGAGGUCUCAGAUAUUUCAAGCCAUUUUUCAACUCGUCGAGAGUAUCGAAUGCAAUACGAAAACAUUUACAGACUCUACAUCCGUUCUUCACCAUGUCAUUGCGAUGUUGGUAAAUAUAAGUUCAUCGAUCUUCGAGGAGCUUGAUACAAAUGAAUCCUGUGCCUUUAUGAAUCACGUAGUUUCACAUCUCGUUGAUCAGCCCCUUAAAGAAGUUGUUUAUCAAUUUAUUGGUUCUGUUGCUCAAGAAAACUUCACGAGUAUCCUCGAAUUUAUACCUCAAGUAUUUCAGGAAAGCGUUACAGACAUUCUUUCUGAUACAGAAACCCAAAGAAAUAAGUUGGCUGCAACAUAUCUCUGGGAACAAGUAUUUUCAAUAGAGCAUGUCAAUGAAGAAGUGUUCAAUGCAUUAUCCGAAGUCGCUGAUAACAUUAUUCCUGUUCUAAUUCAAGAAAUGACUCAAGAUACCUUAGAUGAACCUUCAGAAACAAACUGGGACCCUUCUGAUGCCGCUUUUUCGGCACUUUUACGGAUUUCGGAUCGAUAUUUACAAACUUUUUUACAAUAUGUGAACGGAAGAUUCGAAUCUGACCAAGAUGACAACGAAACUGGUACAAGGAUAGCGAAUAUAAGAUGUUUACUCAUUUUAUCGCAUUAUUUACCCCAAGUUCCUGACUAUUACUCGAAUCUUCUCACAAGAGUUUGCGGAUAUCUUCAGGAUGAGUGCGUAAACGUCAUUUACUUCGCUCUUCAUUCACUCAGUAACAUAAUUGUGCAUUCCGCUACGUCAAAUGACUUCGUGGAGCUGUUUCCGACCUUAUUUGAGAUGUCAUUGAACGAUAUACUGGGAAUUCCCGCACUUAACUGCAUCUAUCAUAUUGUACAUCACGUAGAUUUCAGUUAUUAUGCUAUUUUGUCCUCUUUGGAGUCACUUUUUGAAAGUAUCUCAAUUAAUAAUGUUUAUUUGCUUACGAAAUGCUUCGAUUUUGUCUACCAAGAGAGCAUACCCGUUGAUAUCGCCCUCGAUGUCCUCAAUUUCCUCAUAAACCUCAUGAAACAAUGCGAUGAAGCGUUUGCCUCCAUUGUUUGUCGGAUGUUCCCCCCUCUUUGCAACAAAUGUGGGGAUUUACCAUCGCAAACAUACAUGGACGCGUUCUCAAUCCUUACUCUUUGGAUGGAUAACGAUAUGUUCUACGCAAUGCCAGCGGUUUGUUCAAUGGCAUACAUAAAUCCACAGUUUAUAGCGCAAUCCCUAACUACCAUUGUCCCUUAUGUCCUUGAAAACCUCAAUUCCGGAGAUUUGGAUCGAUCAAUACAGGCAAUCAACGCUUGGUCGAUCAUUUACAUAUGUAUUGAUGAUCUAGAGGACUAUUCCGACCAGUUGUUCGAAGCAAUUAUCGAUAAAGCGGACCCACAAGCUCCAUUAAGUCAACAAACCGCUGUAAUACACGCUUUUUACGUUGUUUCAAAGCAUAUUAAGAAUAAUGAUGAUUUGUCCCGCAUAUUGAUCGCAUUGGAAAGGUACAGAGCGUUCGAAGUCUUUGCUGAUCUCGAGAUGCUCGACGUUGACUCUUUCCAAACGUUUAUUGUUGCAUUCCUUGAUUUGAUGUACCAGAUUGCAAUGCUUGGUGGUAUUUCAAUAGUUACUACGUUCGUGAACAACAUAGUUAUGUUGAAAACACCAGCAAAAGCUGCAAGAAAUCAGUUGAUGAAACUUGCAAAAAUUUUCAUGACUUGUGACCAUAAUUCUUUCCCAAACGCUUCUAUAUUGGGUAAGAAAAUAUGUAUGGCUUAUAAUGUUAUAUUUCUAUGCAAUUAA